AAUUAUUUGUCAACAUGCCUCGAGGUCCGUACUUUCGGUACUUGAAAGACGUUAAUAUGCCAAUUCCAUACUCUACUUUACGUAGACGUCAACAACAAGAAAACAAUAGACUUCAGAUUCAUGAAGAGGAACAAGAUUGCGAUAGUAGUGAAGACAAUCAAACAAUAGAAAUAAAUGUGAUAAAUUCUGCGAGUAGUUCAGAAAAUGGAAAAGAAGACACGGACUAUUCCGAAGAAUCUGUUGAUGAAAUCAAUAAUACCAUUAAUGAUAUUAAUGGAAGGACAACCUCAAUGAUGUCAUCUGAUCAUGAACACAGUGACUCUGAUGUAGAUAUAGCAACGGAAAAUAACAUUAAUUCAAGUGAUUUGGACAGUGCUAGUGAUGAUAAUUGUGACGAAAGUAAUGGUUUUAAUAAUAAUGUAGAAUUUGAUGCUAAAAAUGCUGUCGAAGUAAGACAAGUUCUGUAUCCCGGUUGUGAUAUUACUUCUGAUGAAAGUAGACUUUUAAUAUUGAGUUAUGCUAUGCGAUUUGACCUGUCUGACACAGCUCUAGAACAUCUUCUUCUGUUGAUUGACAGUCAUUUGCCAAGCAAACAACAUGGUUCUUUGUUUAGAUUUUUNAAAAAUAUACCUAAGCCACCACAAAUUCGUACUCACUUUUAUUGCUUCAAUGAGGAGUGUCAAAGAUUACUUGUGUUUCAUGCUGGCAAUGUAGUAACAAAUUGUGAAUGUGGUGCUGUCUGUGACAAGAAUGAUUUGAAAAAUCGAGGAUACUUCUUUUUACAAAUACCUUUGAAAGAGCAGCUUCAAAAAUUAUUAAGUGAUGAGAACAUAAAGAAACAGCUUAGGUGGGAUGAUUCUGAACAAAAUGAUGUAGUAAAUGGAAGAGUUUAUAAAAAUCUUGUGAAAAGUGGGGCCUUGUCUAAGCCUGAUAUAACUUUACAAUUUAACACGGAUGGUGUUCAGAUUUUUUAAUCUUCUAAUAAUGAGUUAUGGCCGUUUCAAGUUUGUAUUAAUGAACUUCCAUAUAAAAUACGGAAAAAUAACAUAUUCCUUGGUGGGUUGUGGUUUGACCAUGGCAAACCAAAUAUGAAUACCUUUCUUGAGCCGAUUGUAAAUGAGUUAAAUAAGUUGCAUAACAAAGGAUUUGAUUGUGAAGAUGGUACUCAUAUCAAAGUUCAUACUAUUAUCUCAUCAGUUGAUUCAAUGGCUAGAGCUCCUUUACAAAAUAUAAAAACCUUCCGAGGCAAAAAAGGAUGUUCUUUCUGCUUACAUGAUGGUGAAGAACAUAUAGUUGGGCGAGGUAAAACAAGAGUUUAUCGAGGUGAUAUAGGUCCAAGAAGGACCCACAAGCAACAUUUGAGAGAUACUGCUCAAGUAAUGCAAACAAGAACUGUGGUGAAUGGAAUUAAAGGACCAUCUAUUCUCCUACUUCUGCAGGACUUUAAUAUAAUAUCAUCUUUUGUACCAGACUACAUGCACUGUGUACUUCUUGGGGUAGUAGAAACAAUGAUUAGCUGGUGGUGUUGUGGUCAAAACAAAGAUAAACCUUUUUAUAUUGGCAAUGAUGCAAAAAUUGAUGAAAUUGAUAAUAUACUCCUGACCAUUAAACCACCAAGUGAAGUCACAAGGACACCUCGAUCACUACAUUUGAGAAAAUAUNGGAAAGCUUCAGAGUGGAAAAAUUUCUUGCUAUAUUAUUCUAUAGUAUGUCUAAAGGCAGUUAAUUUUCCUAAGAAAUAUCUUGACCAUUGGUUUCUUCUAGUGUACAGCAUAGCAAUAUUUCUUCAAGAGCAUUUUUCAACUGAAGAAUUAAACCGAGCAGAAGCUGCUCUNAAAGAGUUUGUUUUCAAAAUUGAGAAAAUUUAUAGAGAACCGGCGCUCAUGAAAUUUAAUUUUCAUUUACUAUUACACAUUCCGCAAAGUGUUAAAGACUUUGGAUCUUUGUGGAGUGUAUCUACUUUCCCUUAUGAACACUACAACGGAGUGUUGGGGAAAAUGUUCCAGUCAUCUCAGGCAGUACCUCAGCAAAUUUGUAAAAUGUAUCUUAGAUGGCAAGCUUUGAAGGAAAUGGCAUCAGAAUUGUUUCAAAAUAAUCAAACUCCAGCUUGUAUAAAACAUCUUUAUGCAAAACUUUCUUUUGAGCGGAGAAUUUUAUACUGCUCAAAGGUUGGUGAAUCUCUGAGAUUAUUAGGUGUUCCUACUCUGGGCACUUUAACUUUAGUACAGGAAAAUGUUGUUGAAAAUUUUUUGAAUGAAAGUGUUCAAAAUCACAACAUACGUUUCUAUAAGCGAUUUAUUUUUGAAAAUGUACUCUAUCAUAUACAAGAUUAUCAGCGUAUGAGUAAGAGAAUAAACAACAUUGUGCAGAUUGAAAAUAAGAAAUAUAUGGCUAUUACUCAUGUUAUUGUAAUUUCUACUGCAGUAAGUAACCGAACAUUAUGUGUUUUAUUAGGCUUCAGAUUGUAUUCAACAGAUGAAUCACUUUGUGCAAACAGAGUCCUCGGUGUAACUUCGGAUUCUUUUGCUAGUGUCGUAGAAAUAACAAAUGAAUGUUUAGCUAUAUAUCCGCAAAUGAUAACGAGAAAAUGUGUUGUAACACCCUAUCCAGAUAAUAGACACAAAUUUUGCUGCUUUCCUCUUGUCAAUUCCGUAGAAAGAGAUUAAUUACCAAUUUCUAUUUCUUAGAUCGUAUGACAGUGCUGGCUCUUUGCUGGUUAUAUGAGUAACGAGUGCCAUUUACAGGCAAUAGUUUUUUUAAUGACACAUUUAUUGAAUAAAUUUUAUGCAUACUUG